UUGCGAUUUCGCGUGCGACCAAAGUCCGCAUGUUGGAAGUGUUGACAGUUUGUAGCGUCUGACAGCUGAACGCUGAUCGUUCCCCUCAGAUCGCAAUGGCCGAGGCAAGAAGCGCCGUGUCUGAACCAAGAGUCAGUAAAUUUGAGGAAGAUAAGACCACAGCACCAGACGUUUUAGAUGCAUGGCGACGUGGUCUACUUAGACGCUUCUUUAGAACACGAAACCUGAUUCGCAAUGGCAUGUGGCCAACCUCAACAUGGAACCUCUUUGCCUUAGUCACACCUCUCACUGCCCUCCGAUUGGCUGACUGGAAUGCUGCUCGUCCAAUCACAAACCAGCUACAGAAAGUGGAAGAUCUUAUUUGUUUACCAACAGGAUGUCCAGUUGUCAUCAAGUCUGUGAUUGGUUCAGUUGUUGUCGGUUUAGGAUUUUUCAUCGUUGUACUGUAUGUUCGUCGCUUCACCCUCCGAGCUUUGCUGUCAUAUCGUGGAUGGAUGUAUGAACCUCCAAAGUCCCAGUCAGUGUUGACGCUGAUCUGGGGCGCAAUGGUGCGUAUUGUGAGUGGGCGGCACCCUCUGCUAUACAGCUGCCAGCGCAGCCUGCCCAGAAUGUCGGUGCCAACAUUGAAACACACCCUGGAACACCUGCUGGAAUCCCUCAAACCCUUGUAUGGGGAGGAUUCCGAGGAGUUCCAGGCGCUCAAAUCUGAAGCCAAAGUAUUUGAACAGACACAGGGGCCAAAGUUACAAAGGAUGCUUGUUUUGAAAUCCUGGUGGUCUCAGAACUGGGUCAGUGACUGGUGGGAGAAGUACGUGUACUUGAUGAGUCGCAGUCCCCUGCCCAUCAACUCCAACUACUAUGUGAUGGACCAGAACUCCUGGGUUCCCACACACAGACCUACAUCCAGGGCAGCCACCUGUAUAUACCAGAUGAUGGUAGUCAAGCAGAAACUGGACAGGGAGCAGUUUGAUCCCCUGGUCAUCAGGAACACCAUCCCUGUGUGCAUGGCCCAGUACGAGAGGGUCUUCUCCACAUCAAGGAUACCUGGAGAAGACAUGGAUAUCAUCCAGCAUAAAGAUCCUUCAGAGUCUAAGCAUAUAGUGGUGUUAAGGAAAGGAGUUUUCUACAAGGUGAAUGUAUUUAGUCCCAGGAACAGACCGGUGCCACCUCAGAUCUUGGAGAAACAGUUCCAGUCCAUUCUAGAAGAUGCUGAAGUGCAUCAAGACAGCCUGUGUAUGGGCGAGGAGAGUCUUCCCGCCCUCACUACACUCGACAGGACGUCCUGGGCCAAAAUCAGGAAGGAACACUUUUCCCAAGGAGUGAACAAAGAAUCUCUUGACAUUCUGGAAGGAGCCAUUAUAUUUUUGAAUUUUGACACUCACAGCUUCAAGGACUACUCACCUCGGGCCAAGUACCUGUUGCACGGAGAUGGCAAGUCCAUCUGGUUCGACAAGUCCAUGAAUCUCAUCUUCUUCAGCGAUGGACGCUUUGGCAUGAACAAUGAACACACAUUCGCUGAUGCCCCGGUCGUUGCUCAUGUGCAGGAAUUCAAUAUGCUCAACGAAGUCAUCGGCCUCCACAACACGGACGGCUAUGCUAACCCAGUACCCUGUGAACAGACAGAGAAUGUGAAGCCAGUGCGACUCAUCUGGAACGUUGACACAAAUCUGGGUGGGCGCAUCAAGCACGCAAUGGAGGCUCACCAACAGAACUGUGAAAACCUGGAGAUUAGGGUGUCCGACUUCCAGCACUUCGGCAAGAGUUUCAUCAAGAAGUGUAAGGUGAGCCCUGAUGCCUUUCUCCAGAUGGCACUCCAAGUGACAUACUUCAAGAACGCUGGCAAGUUUGCUCUCACAUACGAGGCAUCCAUGACAAGACUCUACCUGGCCGGCCGAACUGAAACUGUGCGAUCUCUCACCACGUAUUCUGUGGACUUUGUCAAAGCAUUUCUGGACAAGAAUGUUCCCAGAGAGGAGAAGAUCCGACUGAUGCUGCGAGCAUGUCAUCAUCAUCAGAUCAUGUACAAGGAUGCCAUGAAUGGACUGGGUAUUGACAGACAUCUGUUUGCCCUGUAUGUCGCCAGUCGGGGACUUGGACAUGAUUGUGAGUUCCUGAAGAAGGCGCUGAGCAUCCCCUGGACUCUCUCCACCAGCCAGCAGCCCCAGCAGCAGAUCUUCUGGGCACCAGACUGUAGUCUGCCACAGUAUUUUGAUAAGGUCUCCCCAGGGGGAGGGUUUGGCCCUGUGUCGGACGACGGCUACGGUGUUUCUUACAUGAUACCCGGAGAAAACCGAUUCUUCUUCCACGUCUCCUCCAAGAGGAAUUCCGGUAACACUGAAGCAAGGAAGUUCACAGACCAAUUGUUCCAGACAUUGCUGGAAAUCCAGGAACUCUUUGAUGCCCAACCAAAAUCAUAAUGAUAGAGAACGUAGACCAAGAAUAGAAUGAAUGGGUUGUCAAGUUAGUAGAAUAUGAAUAUGUGAAGUUAGUUCUGAGACUUUAACUCAGACUGGGUAUUGUUUGAUGCAAUGUAUUUGAUAUGCACUGAAUGAAGUGGUCGUUUUGUUGUGAAAGAAAGCAAGCUUUAUGAUUUAGGCUCUCACCAUAGAACCUUUUGGAAAAUGAAGUGAAGUAUUAAGGUUUGCUUGUUAAGUCAGCUGUGUCAUAGGAAUCACUGAUGUUGGUAGAUAUUUGGAGCACCAAUGGUUUCACAUGCUUCAGAGUAUUCUUGGCUUCAUCACAAUCCAAUAUAAUCUCAGUCAAAAUCAGACUUUUACUCUGAUACAAUUCCUGUCUGCAUGAAGAUCAGAUGACCCUUCUCAAGGUCUCAGCAGGUUAAUUUUCUGAUCACCAUUGCGGCUUCAUUGUUCUUGGUAAAAGUCAAACCAGUUCGUUUGAUUUCUGUAUCUCAAAACUGCAGUUAAAUGGAAAGUUCUGAAUGUAAAUAAUAAAAGCUGUCUCAUUAUUAUUGUGGAUAUUUCAUCACCCUUUCGAUUCUAAGCACCAUGUUAUCUUCUUUAAAGGUGUUCUGUGGUAGAUAUGAGUGUCCUGUUUUGGGUUUCUUGAAUUAAAAUCAAAUUUUUCAAAUUGAGCUUGAAAAUAUUUUUGAAUAUUUUUGAAAACUGUCAUUGGCUCAAGAACCCACACAUUCUUUGCAAAUUGUAAGUUCCAAGUGCAAUAUGUUUGUGACCUAUGGAGUGGUAUACCAGAUCUUCAUUCUAAGGUGUAAUGUAACAAAGUAACAGAACUGAUUUUGUUGUGAUUAACAAAAUACCAGCAAACCAUGGACUAGAGGUACUUGGAUCAUUGUGUUGUGCAUUGUUUGAUUUAUGAUGUGAAAGAUGGGUGUUUUAUGAAAUUGAGUUUGGAAUCUUUCAUGAUAUGCUCUAUUGAUUACUGAAGCAUUUUUAAACUUGCAUUUUUCUUUUACAUAGUCCCAAGAUACGAAACUUACAUACUUGCAGUAUUGAUAGAGUUUUAGACGACUUAGCAGUUUUAGAUACUCUUUGUAGCGGUCCUUUCUUCUUACAACAAACAAUUUUAGUUAAGUAGAGCCCAAAAGACAAACUUUAUUUUAUCAUUUUCAUUUUAGAAAACAAUUAGCGGUUUUCUUUCUUUUGCACAUGCUGGUGAUGCUGAUGUGGAGAACUACUCGAAUUACCGAGUAUUUCACUGUUCCCUGUCCCAAAGUAAUGUUGCAGAGCUUAGAAAGUUGGAAACAUAUUUUAACUUUAAAGGCCAGAUCAUUUUAACUGCUGAUGUAUUUUAACCCCUGAAUUACCUUAAAGUAAUUAGUUGAAAAAGUACUUGUUGAGAUUAACACGCAUCUAUUUGAAAAACAUGCAAGUGUUUUUUCUGGUGGAGAGAGGUACCAUUGGAAUAUACUUAGUUUUACAUUAAUACAUCAUUGCAAAGGGGGAGUGUGUGUGUGUGUGUG